AUGGGUUUUUCUUGCGUCACAAGAAGCCUGUAUUCGAUUCUCCCUCUUCUCCUUCUUCUAUCAAUCACCCCUUUGUCUUCGUCAUUUUCUCCGAGUGAAUAUGUCACGAAGGAAUCACUUGAUGCACUCUGCUCGCAGCCGUCAAUUUACAAGCACUUCUGCGUCGUUUGGCUAGGCUCUGACCCAAAAACGUUCACCCUCGACAUUCAAGGACUUAUCGGUAUGGCCACCCAAAAGACGGAGGGUUUGGGGGACAAGAACCGCGGGAUGCUAUUUGACUUAGGAUUCACGACUCAUAGGCCCGACAUCCCAUAUGGGCCUUGCGUGAGAAAGUAUGAUUCAUCCAUUCAAGCCAUCCGGAAAGCUGAAGGGUUUGCGAGCUCUAAGGACUACGUGUCAGCAAUGAAGGCGGCUGCUACGGCCUUGGAUAAUAUAGCUAUGUGCAAUGCUCUCCUUGAACAAAAGCCGAUCCCGGCUUAUGCUGCGUCAAGCAAUUUGAUGUUUGAAAGAAUGUGUAACAUUCUCAGGGUUUUCACCAACGCUUUGAUAGUUUGA